AUGCCCGACGCACCAACCAAGCUCAAAACUACCUCGCCUACGGCUCUCCCUCCCCCAAAAGUUGGGGCCGAACAAUAUGCUAAACUCACAGCGGAGAGAUUGCAGAGAAUCCAAUCUCAGCUAACGACAACACCCCGCGCGGGGAAACUCGAGGGGAAAGUUUGCAUUAUAACUGGUGUGGGGUCAAUCAAGGGGAUCGGACGAGCAACUGCCUUUGCAUAUGCUCACCAAGGGGCCCGUCACCUUUACUUGCUGGAUUACGACGGAGAGAAUUUGCCCAAUCUUGAAGAAUCUCUCAAGAAAGCAUACCCAGAUGUCAAGGUCACUACUCAGCAAGCAGACGCUGCUGACGAGGCGGCUAUCUCUGAAAUAUGCAAGCGAGCGAUAAAAGAAGAAGGCCGACUUGAUGUUUUCUUUGCCAAUGCUGGAAUCGUCAACGCCGCCUUCUUUACCGACUUGACAGAAGCAGAAUUCAUGAACAUGAUGCGUGUCAAUGUGCUCUCUUGUUUCCUCGCCAUUAAGCACGGUUCGGCUGCCAUGCAAAUCACCUCCGCUGACAAGAAGGAGAGUAGCGGAAGCAUCAUUCUCACCGCCUCCGUUGCAGGUAUCAGAUCAGGUGCUGGCCCAAUGGAUUACAGUGCCAGCAAAGCGGCUGUCAACUCACUCGCGCAAACGGGCUCACACCAACUGGGCUUCACAAACAUUCGAGUGAACACGAUAUGCCCCGGACUAAUCGAGACUGGAAUGACGACGGCCACCUUUGACUAUGCCCGUGCCAAAGGUGUGGGAGGAAAGAUCGGUCAACUUGUCCCGUUGAAGCGAUACGGUCUUCCACAAGAGAUCGCUAAUGCAGCUCUCUUCUUGGCUUCUGAUGACUCCAGCUUCGUAAACGGCCAAAACAUCACGGUCGAUGGUGGGCUAUCCGCAUCUCACCCCGUCGCCCCAGGACGUUGGGCAUAG